GUCAAAAGAAAGAACACGGCUGGGACGAUGCAAGUGGAGAGGAUGUUCAUUCUCACGAGGAAGCCGCUCGUCAUAGAGGACAAAACACGUUUGCACUACAGCGGGACCAGCAACGGUGAGCACAUAUUCGUGGGGUGGAGGGCCCAUGACAACCCUUCGCUGUGGACGAUGAAGCGCAAGGAUAAGAAGAUGAUAAUCGGGAAAAAAGAAAUCGCCUUGAUGGGGGGGCCAGGCGAGGACACCCAGGAGGAUAAGAACCUUGACAAGUUAGAUGCCCUUUCCCAGACGCCCGAGACGGUGGAGCCCGUUUUCUGGUUCGCGCCCCCGCCCCAGCUCUCCGACGAGUGGAAGCGCGACUUCAAUUUGAAAUCGAUUGUCGCCUUGACGCUAGGCGACGCGAGCCUCGCCAUGACGGCGAUCCGCUUCAAG